CAAACUAAGCGCAGAGGGUAAUCAUUGACGAAGGACUUCACUAUACCUGGAGUUGUGAGAAUUAACACUGGUCAACAUGGAAAGAAAAAUCCUCUGUUGGAUAUUUUUAUUUGGAUAUUUUUAUGUUGCUAUUGGACAAGGUUCAUCUACAACAAGUGCCACCAGCCCAACUCCAUUUUCAAGUGCAACCACCACAACUCCAGUUUCAACCACUACACCUGCAGCCACCUCAACUACAAUUUCAACCACGACAACUACAGGCCCCACCAAUCCAGUUUCAACUACCACAUCUCUAAUUUCAACAGCCACAACUGCAGCCCCUACCUCUCCAGUAACAGGCACCAACACUGCAUCUGCUACAACUACAACCCCAACAACUGCAACUCAUACAACUGCAGGUCAUACGAGUGAAGCUCCUACAGCUGCCCCCAUGACUGUAGCCCCCACAACUGCAGCUCCUACAACUGUAGCACCCACAGCUGCAGCUCAUACAACUGAGGGUAUUACCAGUUUAGCCUCCACAACUGCGGGCCCCACAUCUCCAACCCCUACAAUUGAAGGCCAUAUAACUGCAGCUCGCACAAUUGCAGCCCCCACAACUGCACCUACUACAAUUGGAACCACAAUAACUGAAGUCGUAACAAGUGCAACCCUCACAACUGUAGCACCCACAGCUGUAGCUCCCACAACUAUAGCCCCUACGACUGCAGCUUCUACAACUGCAACCACUACAACUGAAGUCGCAACAACUGCAGCUCCUACAACUGCAACUCCCACAACUGUAGCCCCCACAACUGUAACAACUACAACUGCACCCUCCACAACUGGAGAGCCUACGACUGCAGCCUUCACAACUCUAGCCUCCACAACUGCAACCACCAUAACUGAAGUCGCAACAACUGCAGCUCCUACAAGUGCAACCCCCACAACUCUAGCCCCCACUACUGUUACAACUGCAACUGCACCCUCCACAACUGGAGAGCCCACGACCGCAGCAACUCCAUUCUCAACAACGGCAACAACCACAACUGAAGUCGCAACAACUGCAGCUCCUACAACUGCAGCUCCUACAACUGCAACCCCCACAACUGUAGCCCCCACUACUGUAACAAGUACAAAUGCACCCUCCACAAUUGGAGAGCAUAUGACUGCAGCCUCCACAACUGUAAUAACUACAACUGCACCUUCCACAACUCGAGAGCCUACGACUGCAGCCUCCACAACUGCAACCACAACAACUGAAGUUGCAACAACUGCAACCCCCACAACUGUAGCCCCCACAACUGUAACAACUACAACUGCAGCCUCCACAACUUCAGCUCCUACGAGUGCAGCCUCCACAACUUCAGCUCCUACGAGUGCAGCCUCCACAACUGCAGCCUCCACAACUGCAACUCCUACGACUGCAGCUUCUACAACUGCAACCACUACAACUGAAGUCGCAACAACUGCAGCCCCAACAACUCAAACCGCUUCAACAGAAGCCCCCACAACCGCGGCACAUACAACUGCAGCUACAACAACGGCAGCCCCUACCACUGUAUCUGCUUCAACUGGGUUCCCUACAACUGUGGACCCCACGACUGCAUCAAGAACAACUGCAUUUCAUACUACUGCAGCCCCCACAACGGUAAUAACUACAACUGCAGCCUCCACAACUGGAGAACCUACGACUACAGCCUCCACAACUCCAGCCUCCACAACUGCAACCACCACAACUGAAGUCACAACAACUGCAGCUCCUACAAGUGCAACCCCCACAACUGUAGCCCCCAAUACUGUUACAACUGCAACUGCACCCUCCACAACUGGAGAGCCCACGACUGCAGCCUCCACAACUCCAGUCUCCACAACUGCCACAACCACAACUGAAGUCGCAACAAUUGCAGCUCCUACAAGUGCAACCCCCGCAACUCUAGCCCCCACUACUGUUACAACUGCAACUGCACCCUCCACAACUGGAGAGCCCACGACUGCAGCAACUCCAUUCUCCACAACUGCAACAACCACAACUGAGGUCGCAACAACUGCAGCUCCUACAACUGCAGCUCCUACAACUGCAACCCCCACAACUGUAGCCCCCACUACUGUAACAAGUACAAAUGCACCCUCCACAAUUGGAGAGCAUACGACUGCAGCCUCCACAACUGUAAUAACUACAACUGCACCCUCCACAACUCGAGAGCCUACGACUGCAGCCUCCACAACUGCAACCACAACAACUGAAGUCGCAACAACUGCAACCCCCACAACCCCCACAACUGUAGCCCCCACAACUGUAACAACUACAACUGCAGCCUCCACAACUUCAGCUCCUACGAGUGCAGCCUCCACAACUGCAGCUCCUACGAGUGCAGCCUCCACAACUGCAACUCCUACGACUGCAGCUUCUACAACUGCAACCACUACAACUGAAGUCGCAACAACUGCAGCCCCAACAACUCAAACCGCUUCAACAGAAGCCCCCACAACCGCGGCACAUACAACUGCAGCUACAACAACGGCAGCCCCUACCACUGUAUCUGCUACAACUGGGUUCCCUACAACUGUGGACCCCACGACUGCAUCAAGAACAACUGCAUUUCAUACUACUGCAGCCCCCACAACGGUAAUAACUACAACUGCAGCCUCCACAACUGGAGAACCUACGACUACAGCCUCCACAACUCCAGCCUCCACAACUGCAACCACCACAACUGAAGUCACAACAACUGCAGCUCCUACAACUGCAACCCCCACAACUGUAGCCCCCACAACUGUAACAACAACUACAACAGCACCCUCCACAACUGGAGAGCCUAUGACUGUAGACUCCACAACUCCAGUCUCCACAACUGCAACCAGCACAACUGAAGUCGCAACAAUUGCAACUCCUACAACUGCAACCCCCACAACUGUAUCCCCCACUACUGUAACAACUACAAAUGCAUCCUCCACAAUUGGAGAGCAUACGACUGCAGCCUCCACAACUGCAACCACCACAACUGAAGUCGCAACAACUGCAACCCCCACAACUGUAGCCCCCACAAUUCAAACCGCUUCAACAGAAGCCCCCACAACCGCGGCCCAUACAACUGCAGCCUCCACAACUGGAGAACCUACGACUACAGCCUCCACGACUCCAGCCUCCACAACUGCAACCACCACAACUGAAGUCGCAACAACUGCAGCUCCUACAACUGCAACCCCCACAACUGUAGCCCCCACAACUGUAACAACUACAACAGCACCCACCACAACUGGAGAGCCUACGACUGUAGACUCCACAACUCCAGCCUCAAGAACUGCAACCAGCACAACUGAAGUCGCAACAACUGCAGCUCCUACAAGUGCAACCCCCACAACUGUAGCCCCCACUACUAUUAGAACUGCAACUGCACCCUCCACAACUGUAGAGCCCACGACUGCAGCCUCCACAACUCCAGUAUCCACAACUGCCACAACCACAACUGAAGUCGCAACAAUUGCAGCUCCUACAAGUGCAACCCCCGCAACUCUAGCCCCCACUACUGUUACAACUGCAACUGCACCCUCCACAACUGGAGAGCCCACGACUGCAGCAACUCCAUUCUCCACAACUGCAACAACCACAACUGAGGUCGCAACAACUGCAGCUCCUACAACUGCAGCUCCUACAACUGUAGCCCCCACUACUGUAACAAGUACAAAUGCACCCUCCACAUUUGGAGAGCAUACGACUGCAGCCUCCACAACUGUAAUAACUACAACUGCACCCUCCACAACUGGAGAGCCCACGACUGCAGCAACUCCAUUCUCCACAACUGCAACAACCACAACUGAGGUCGCAACAACUGCAGCUCCUACAACUGCAGCUCCUACAACUGUAGCCCCCACUACUGUAACAAGUACAAAUGCACCCUCCACAUUUGGAGAGCAUACGACUGCAGCCUCCACAACUGCAACCACAACAACUGAAGUCGCAACAACUGCAACCCCCACAACUGUAGCCCCCACAACUGUAACAACUACAACUGCAGCCUCCACAACUUCAGCUCCUACGAGUGCAGCCUCCAUAACUGCAGCCUCCACAACUGCAACUCCUACAACUGCAGCUUCUACAACUGCAACUACUACAACUGAAGUCGCAACAACUGCAGCCCCAACAACUCAAACCGCUUCAACAGAAGCCCCCACAACCGCGGCACAUACAACUGCAGCUACAACAACGGCAGCCCCUACCACUGUAGCUGCUACAACUGGGUUCCCUACAACUGUGGACCCCACGACUGCAUCAAGAACAACUGCAUUUCAUACUACUGCAGCCCCCACAACGGUAAUAACUACAACUGCAGCCUCCACAACUGGAGAACCUACGACUACAGCCUCCACAACUCCAGCCUCCACAACUGCAACCACCACAACUGAAGUCGCAACAACUGCAGCUCCUACAAGUGCAACCCCCACAACUGUAGCCCCCACUACUGUUACAACUGCAACUGCACCCUCCACAACUGGAGAGCCCACGACUGCAGCCUUCACAACUCCAGUCGCCACAACUGCAACAACCACAACUGAAGUCGCAACAAUUGCAACUCCUACAACUGCAACCCCCACAACUGUAUCCCCCACUACUGUAACAACUACAAAUGCAUCCUCCACAAUUGGAGAGCAUACGACUGCAGCCUCCACAACUGUAAUAACUACAACUGCACCCUCCACAACUCGAGAGCCUACGACUGCAGCCUCCACAACUGAAGUCGCAACAACUGCAACCCCCACAACUGUAGCCCCCACAACUCAAACCGCUUCAACAGAAGCCCCCACAACCGCGGCCCAUACAACUGCAGCUACAACAACGGCAGCCCCUACCACUGUAGCUGCUACAACUGGGUUCCCUACAACUGUGGGCCCCACGACUGCAUCAACAACAACUGCAUUUCAUACUACUGCAGCCCCCACAACGGUAACAACUACAACUGCAGCCUCCACAACUGGAGAACCUACGACUACAGCCUCCACAACUCCAGCCUCCACAACUGCAACCACCACAACUGAAGUCGCAACAACUGCAGCUCCUACAACUGCAACCCCCACAACUCUAGCCCCCACAACUCUAGCCCCCACAACUUUAACAACUACAACAGCACCCUCCACAACUGGAGAGCCCACAACUGCAGCAACUCCAGUCUCCACAACUGCAACAACCACAACUGUAGCCCCCACUACUGUAACAAGUACAAAUGCACCCUCCAUAAUUGGAGAGCAUACGACUGCAGCCUCCAUAACUGUAAUAACUACAACUGCACCCUCCACAACUCGAGAGCCUACGACUACAGCCUCCACAACUCCAGCCUCCACAACUGCAACAACUGAAGUUGCAACAACUGCAGCUCCUACAAGUGCAACCCCCACAACUCGAGAGCCUACGACUACAGCCUCCACAACUCCAGCCUCCACAACUGCAACAACUGAAGUUGCAACAACUGCAGCUCCUACAAGUGCAACCCCCACAACUGUAGCCCCCACUACUGUUACAACUGCAACUGCACCCUCCACAACUGGAGAGCCCACGAUUGCAGCCUCCACAACUCCAGUCUCCACAACUGCAACAACCACAACUGAAGUCGCAACAAUUACAACUCCUACAACUGCAGUCACCACAACUGUAGCCCCCACAACUGCAACCACUACAACUGCAGUCCCCACAACUGUAGCUCCCACACCUGCAAACCCCACAACUGUAGCCACGACAACUGCAACCCCCACAACUGUAGCCCCCACAACUGCAACCACUACAACUGCAGUCCCCACAAUUGCCUCCUCCACAACUGAAGUCGCAACAACUGCAACCCCCACAACUGUAGCCCCCACAACUGUAACAACUACAACUGCAGCCUCCACAACUUCAGCUCCUACGAGUACAGCCUCCACAACUCCAGCCUCCACAACUAUAGCCACCAUAACUGAAGUCCCAACAACUGCAACCCCCACAACUGCAGUCCCCACAACUGCUGCCACUACAACUGCAGUCACCACAACUGUAGCCCCCACAACUGCAGUCCCCACAACUGCAACCACUACAACUGCAACCACUACAACUGUAGUCCCAACAAAUGUAGCUCCCACAACUGCAGCCCCCACAACUGUAGCCCCCACAACUGCAGUCCCCACAACAACAACCACUACAACUGCAGUCCCCACAACUGUCUCCUCCACAACUGAAGUUGCAACGACUGCAGCCCCAACAACUCUAACCCCUUCAACAACCCUAAUCAUAUCGACUCCAGAAGAACCACCAUCACAGGGUUUAUCACUGGCACACCUACAGAUGAGGAUUACUACCUUUGGGGAUGUCAGCAAUGGAACCAUUAUUGCACUUGUUAAACAGUUUUUUGGUGACCAGCUCCCGAGUGGAACAGCCCACACAGUUACCCAGCUGUCAAAACGUAGGCACUCCCUCCAAUGCGGAGUGAGGACUGAAUCACAAACAACUUGCAAUCAUUGCAAUAUUUCUCUUGACAGGGAGUUGUGGGAAGUAACAUCUCUAACCAUGGAAAUUAAAAUCCUUUGUUGGAUAUUUUUGCUUGGACAUUUUUAUGCAGCUUCCGGACAAACAACUACUGUAGUUCCGACAACUGCAGCCCCCACUACUGUCGCCCCUACAACGGCUGUUCCCAUAACUAUAGGUCCUACAACUGUGGCCCCAACAACUACAGCCCCAACUACUGUAGUUCCGACAACUGCUGCCCCCACUACUGCGGCCCCUACAACAGCUGCUCCCACAACUACAGGUCCUACAACUGCAGCCACAACAACUGUAGUUCCUACAACUGCAGCCCCUACAACUACUACUCCAACAACUACAGGUCUCACAACUGCAGCCCCCACUACUGUAGUUCUGACAACUGGAGUCCCCACAACUGCAGCCCCCACUACUUUAGCCCCUAUAACAGCUGCUCCCACAACUACAGGUCCUACAACUGCAGCCACAACAACUGUAGUUCCUACAACUGCAGCCCCUACAACUACUACUCCAACAACUACAGGUCUCACAACUGCAGCCCCCACUACUGUAGUUCUGACAACUGGAGUCCCCACAACUGCAGCCCCCACUACUUUAGCCCCUAUAACAGCUGCUCCCACAACUACAGGUCCUACAACUGCAGCCCCAACAACUGCAGCCCCCACUACUUUAGUCCCUACAACAGCUUCUCCCACAACUGCAGCCCCAACAACUGCAGCCCCCACAACUACAGCCCCUACAACAGCUGCUCCCACAACUACAGGUCCUACAACUGCAGCAUCGACACCUGCCGGUCCCACAACUGCAGCCUUCACAACUGCAGCCCCGACAACUGCAGCCCCCUCAACUGCAGCCCCGACAACUGCAGCCCCGACAACUGCAGCCUUCACAACUGCAGCCCCCUCAACUGCAGCCCCGACAACUGCAGCCCCCACUAAUGUAGUUCAGACAACUGUGGCCCCAACCACUGCAUUCCCUACAACAGCUGCUCCCACAACUACAGGUCCUGCAACUGCAACCACGACAACUGCAGACCCUACUACUGUAGUUCUGACAACUGUGGCCCCCACUACUGUCGCCCCUACAACGGCUGUUCCCAUAACUAUAGGUCCUACAACUGUGGCCCCAACAACAACAGCCCCAACUACUGUAGUUCCGACAACUGCUGCCCCCACUACUGUCGCCCCUACAACGGCUGUUCCCAUAACUAUAGGUCCUACAACUGUGGCCCCAACAACAACAGCCCCAACUACUGUAGUUCCGACAACUGCUGCCCCCACUACUGUCGCCCCUACAACGGCUGUUCCCAUAACUAUAGGUCCUACAACUGUGGCCCCAACAACUACAGCCCCAACUACUGUAGUUCCGACAACUGCUGCCCCCACUACUGCGGCCCCUACAACAGCUGCUCCCACAACUACAGGUCCUACAACUGCAGCCACAACAACUGUAGUUCCUACAACUGCAGCCCCUACAACUACUGCUCCAACAACUACAGGUCCUACAACUGCAGCCACAACAACUGUAGUUCCUACAACUGCAGCCCCUACAACUACUGCUCCAACAACUACAGGUCUCACAACUGCAGCCCCCACUACUGUAGUUCUGACAAAUGGAGCCCCCACAACUGCAGCCCCCACUACUUUAGCCCCUAUAACAGCUGCUCCCACAACUACAGGUCCUACAACUGCAGCCCCAACAACUGCAGCCCUGACAACUGCAGCCCCCACUACUUUAGUCCCUACAACAGCUUCUCCCACAACUGCAGCCCCAACAACUGCAGCACCCACAACUACAGCCCCUACAACAGCUGCUCCCACAACUACAGGUCCUACAACUGCAGCAUCGACAACUGCUGCUCCCACAACUGCAGCCCCCUCAACUGCAGCCCCGACAACUGCAGCCCCGACAACUGCAGCCCCCACUACUGUAAUUCAGACAACUGUGGCCCCAACCACUGCAUUCCCUACAACAGCUGCUCCCACAACUACAGGUCCUAUAACUGCAGCAUCGACAACUGUAAUUCCAACAACUGCAGCCCCUACUACUGCUGCUCCCACAACUGCAGCCUUCAUAACUGCAGCCGCCUCAACUGCAGCCUUCACAACUACAUCCCCCACAACUGCAGGUCCUAUAACUGCAGCAACGACAACUGUAAUUCCUACAACUGCAGCCCCUACAACUGCUGCUCCCACAACUCUAGCCUUCACAACUGCAGCCCCCUCAACUGCAGCCCCUACAACUGCUGCUCCCACAACUGCAGCCUUCACAACUGCAGCCCCGACAACUGCAGCCCCCACUACUAUAGUUCCGACAACUGUAGACCCAACCACUGCUUUCCCUACAACAGCUGCUCCCACUACUGUAGUUAAAACAACUGCAGCCCCCACUACUGUAGCCCCUACAGCCGCUGCUCCCACAACUACAGGUCCUGCAACUGCAACCACGACAACUACAGCCCCUACUACUGUAGUUCUGACAACUGUGGCCUUAACGACUGCAGCCCCCACAACUACAGCUGCCACUACUUUAGUUACGACAACUGCAGCCCCCACUACUUUAGCCCCUACAACAGUUGCUCCCACAACAAUAGGUCCUGCAACUGCAACCACGACAACUGCAGCCCCUACUACCGUAGUUCUGACAACCGUGGCCCCAACAACUGCAGCCCCCACAACUAUAACAACUACAACUGCACCCUCCACAACUCGAGAGCCUAUGACUGCAGCCUCCACAACUGCAACCACCACAACUGAAGUCGCAACAACUGCAGCCUCCACAACUGUAAUAACUACAACUGCACCAUCCACAACUCGAGAGCCUACGACUGCAGCCUCCACAACUGCAGCCUCCACAACUGCAACCCCCACAACUGUAGCCCCCACAACUAUAACAACUACAACUGCAGCCACAACUUCUACUACCGUAGUUCUGACAACCGUGGCCCCAACAACUGCAGCCCCCACAACUAUAACAACUACAACUGCACCAUCCACAACUCGAGAGCCUACGACUGCAGCCUCCACAACUGCAACCCCCACAACUGUAGCCCCCACAACUAUAACAACUACAACUGCAGCCACAACUUCAGCUCCUACAAGUACAGCCUCCACAACUCCAGCCUCCACAACUGUAGCCACCACAACUGAAUUCGCACCAAAUGCAACCCCCACAACUGUAACAACUACAACUGCAGCCUCCACAACUUCAGCUCCUACGAGUGCAGCCUCCACAACUCCAGCCUCUACAACUGUAGCCACCAUAACUGAAUUUGCACCAACUGCAACCCCUACAACUGUUGCCCCCACAACUGUAACAACUACAACUGCAGCCUCCACAACUUCAGCUCCUGCGAGUGCAGCCUCCACAACUCCAGCCUCCACCAUAACUGAAUUCGCACCAACUGCAACCCCCACAACUGUAACAACUACAACUGCAGCCUCCACAACUUCAGCUCCUGCGAGUGCAGCCUCCACAACUCCAGCCUCCACCAUAACUGAAUUCGCACCAACUGCAACCCCCACAACUAUAGCCCCCACAACUGUAACAACUACAACUGCAGCCUCCACAACUUCAGCUCCUGCGAGUGCAGCCUCCACCAUAACUGAAUACGCACCAACUGCAACCCCCACAACUAUAGCCCCCACAACUGUAACAACUACAACUGCAGCCUCCAUAACUUCAGCCUCCACAACUGUAGCCACCAUAACUGAAUUCUCACCAACUGCAGCCUCCACAACUUCAGAUCCUACGAGUGCAGCCUCCACAACUCCAGCCUCCACAACUGUAGCCCCCACAACUGUAACAACUACAACAGCACCCUCUACAACUUCAGCUCCUAGUGCAGCCUCCACAACUCCAGCCUCCACAACUGUAGCCCUCACAACUGCAGCCUCCACAACUCCAGCCUCCACAACUGCAACCACCACAACUGAAGUCGCAACAACUGCAGCUACUACAACCCCCACAACUGUAGCCCCCACAACUGUAACAACUAAAACUAUACCCUCCACAACUGGAGAGCCUACGACUACAGCCUCCACAACUCCAGCCUCCACAACUGCAACCACCACAACUGAUUUUGCAAAAACUUCAGCUCCUACAACUCCCCUUAUCACACCAACUCCUGGAGAACCACCAAACCAAGGCUUGGUAUCACUUGCACACAUACAACUGAGAAUAUCUACCUUUGGGGAGGUCAGCAAUGGAACCAUCAUUGAACUUGUUAAACAGUUUUUUGGAGACCGGCUCCCGAAUGGAUCAGCCCACACAGUUACCGUGACAAACAUACAAAGGGUUCAAGUGUCCCCAUAGAAGCAUCAUGGAGAUUUUUGACAAAUGCAAUUUCAGGUUGGGCUGCUGGUAUUGUUUAUAAACAAUGUGAAGGGGCAGUCACCCUUAACCAUUUAAUCAUAUCAGGAAAGUGUCUUUGAUUUGUAUAUUGCUUUCAGUUUGGGCACAACACAUCGUAUGUCAUUAUACUCCAAUAUGUUGAAGUGGUCUACAACCAAUAACAAGAAAUCAACAGAAGUAUCUGGAUUGCUCUUAAGGUGCAAGAGAAGGUGUUUUUAAUCAAUGACAAAACUUAAGUUUAAGGCUCACAACCCUCUUGUGUUUCUAUUAUUAGCAUUCUGUCAAACUUCUCUGACAAUUUUCCCUUUAAACCAAACAAUAUUCUUGUCUGUGCAGUAUUUCCCGGAAUGUAAUAAUUUAAUUAAUUAAAAUGUGGUAGAGCUUAAUCAUUUGCUCUGUAUAAUUUCCAAGAUGGUAUUCUGAAUGAUCCUCCAUCAAGGACCUUGAAGAAUAAUAAACAAGAGAUUAUA